AUUCGUGUGCGACCCAUGUGGAAAUGUUUCCUUAAAACAUUCUUAAAAUUUUGCUGUAAAAUGUCAUCUAGAAACAGCCAGCGAACGGAACCUGGAGCUCAAGAAGAGCGCACACAUAAAGAAGAACUGAACGAGAAGAUCAAAGAGCAAAAGAUUUUAGUCGACGAGUUGUCCAAUUUAAAGAAAAACAGGAGAGUCUACACCCAGCAACCCAACAGUAAUAUAUUCUUUCUGGCAGACAAGAAAGAGACCCUCAGCUCUUGUAAAAAGGAUCUGGAUAUCAUGAGAAAAGAAUAUCAAGACAUAUAGUGGUGUGAGAAACAUUUCUGCUGGAAAAUGUUUGGGAUUUGCUGUGUGGUCAAUUUGACCACUCUGCAUGAUCCACUGGAUUAGCAUGUAUGAAAAAAGCUUAAAAAAAGGGGUCCCAGCAGUAGUCAGGAAAUUAUAGAAACAGUUUUAAAUCCAGAUUGCAGCCUUCUUUUCUCUGCCCAUGUGCUUCAUAUGGGGGUUGCUUGACCCCUCAGCCUCUUCAGGAUGAAAAUGGGAAUAUGCUUCUCUGGAACGGGGAGGUUUUUGGUGGUCUAACAGUAGGGCAAGAAGAAAAUUACUCUAAAGUUGUUCUCCACCUGUCAAAGGUGCAGAGUGACUCAGAUAUAGUGUCUUUACCAACACAUCUUAAGGGACCCUGGGCCUUUAUCUAUUACCAAAAAGAAGAAUGCUGUAUCUGGUUUGGGUGGGACGUAUUUGGAAGAAGUCUGCUUUGGAAAUCUGAUUCUGAUAGAGCAUCUUUUACACUCGCAUCAGUUUCUUGUCAGCCAGCAGAAGAUAAUAUUGAAUCCCAGUGGCAUGAAGUACCACCUACUGUUUACAGGUUUGACCUAAGGGACCUUUCACAGUUGGGUACAUUUACUUUUUAACUUUAUCCAUGUGUUUUCCACUUUAGUGACGAGCCAAAUUAUAUGCA